AUGUCGAUCCGCAACCGCACGGCAACCACCUGCAUCUAUGGGACUAGCUUCAUACCAACCUUCCCGCACGUAGGCGGAUUCUUCAGCAGAAUAGAGAUACCAUUGGAGAACCAUGACCGCAUACAUGCCCGUGAACGGAUUUCGUCGCGCUUCGGCUUCCUCUGCGUCUGCUCCACUGCCACAUCACUCUCGCGCGCUUCCCGCCCCUCGUCUGCCCCACCACGCGACUUGUUUCACCGGAGCUCCGCGCGGAACCCCUCUGACGGCAUCCCUCCCCGCCGCUCCGCCAUUCGCGCUGCUGGCGGCCGGCACCGGGCCCCAGAGCGCUGCCAUGCGCGGCGUGGCGGCGUUCCUCCGCGGCUUCCUCGAUUCCGCGCUGCCGCUGCUCGCCCUGCUCGCGCUGCUCUCCGCGUUCCUCCGCUUCCUCCCCCCCCAACCCUCCGUAAGAGCUCCCGCGCCCCGUCCCUCUCCUCCCUGAGCAUGAGCUCCCCUCGCCGUUCCCCUCUAAGCAUGUUCCGCGCCCUGUCGUCCACCCGCACUGUCGUCCACCCGCCCUGUCGUCCACACGCGCUGCGUCCUGCACCUCCCCUGUCCAACGGCCCCCCUGUGCUCCUCUGGCAACAGGAGGAGGUGGGGCGGUGGGAGGAGGCGCAGGAGCAGAGCGCCGAUGCCGCCACCACCAUGCUGCUCGCCGCGCUCCGACGACUCAAGUCGGAGCCACAGAGGCAGCGCCUGGAGAGAGGCCUGCCGGGGUGCAUCCUGUAUGCAGAUGACCGCCGCCUGAGUGCAUCAUCGCUAAGAGCUGCUGGCAGUGACUCGUUUGAAGCGCAUGGGCGCGAGUUCCCCUACUGGCUCGCCACCAAGCUCAUCAACCGCGCGUAUGCGCAGCGCCAUGGGUACCGCUUCGUAGAAAUGGGCGAGGCGGACAAGGAGCCAGGCAGACACCCCUCGUGGUUCAAGGUGCGCUUCCUGCAGCGCCAGCUGUCCUGCUGCUGCGAGUGGGCAUUUUCCCUCGACUCAGACGCCUACUUCCGAAUGGACAACCACCGCCUGUCCGUUCAGAGCUGGGUAGACCGCCUCACGCUGCUG